CAUUGUGGAUGCCGUGAAGAUGAAGUUUUACCUGCUAUUUUUUACGCUAUUUAUCUGGAUUCAAGAAAAGCAUGUCUUCAGUCUUCCAAGGAGUGGGGCAGAAGACAGAUGAAAGAGGGACAAAUCGAAGCAGAGGAACUGAGAAGCCCAGUAACUACAGUUUCAUCUGUUAAUACUUCCCAUGUUAAACACGACUACAAGAGCAAGGGCAGAACUUGGAUCAGCUUGUUCAAUGUACUCAGGUCCUACCAACAAGAGCUAUAGAGGAAUCGCUGUUAGCUACCACCUGUCCAGUACUUACCACACUCAGCUGAAAUAUUUGUGCAACAAAUGGUGGGGUACAAGGACGAAGUUUUGUGGGCUCUCCCACAAACAGACAAACAGGUCGAAACCCUUCAGGAUUUACUGAACACCACUGAGGUCAUUCUCUGGCAACCUGUUGUGGUUGAAAACAUCAAGAAGGACAAAGAAGUUCAUUUCUAUGUCAGGGCAUCCAGCAUAAAUAGCAUAAAAGCUCAGUUAAGGCAACUGACCAUCCAAUAUAAAGUCUCGAUGGGAGAUGUUCAAGGACUUAUUGAAAAACAGACUAUCAAUGACACAGUCAACCCACGCAGAUCUUCAUCAUAUUAUGAAAACUACCAUUCAAUGAAAGAAAUAUAUCAUUGGAUGGAAGAAGUAGUGAAAGCCCAUUCUGACCUCCUCCAGAAAAUAUAUAUUGGAUCAUCAUAUGAAAAACGACCACUUUAUGUUCUGAAGCUUUCUAAAAGCCAGGAAAGAUCCAAAAGUGCCAUAUGGAUUGACUGUGGUAUCCACGCUAGAGAAUGGAUUUCUCCUGCUUUUUGCCUGUGGUUCAUAGGCCAUGCAAUCGAUGUGCGUGAGAGAGAUCAGACCAUGACAACGCUUCUGGAGCACUUUGACUUCUACGUCAUGCCUGUGAUCAAUGUGGAUGGCUAUGAGUACACGUGGAGCCACCCCUCUAAUCGGCUGUGGAGAAAGAGCCGCUCAUCGCAUGGUAACAGCAAGUGCGUCGGUACUGACAUGAACAGGAAUUUUGAUGCACACUGGUGUGGGGAAGGAGCAUCUCCCUAUGAAUGUCAGGAGAUAUACUGUGGACCCUACCCAGAGUCUGAGCCUGAAGUGAAAGCAGUGGCUCGCUUUGUCAGAGAUCACAAAGACAUCAUUAAAGCCUACAUAACCAUGCACUCUUACUCCCAGUUGGUAUUGUUUCCUUACUCUUACACUACGGACAAAAGCAAAGACCAUGAUGAGCUGGAAAGGCUGGCAAAGAAAGCAGCUACAGCUAUAAAGAGGACAACAAGGAAAACUUAUAGACCUGGUGCUGGUGCACAAACCAUUUAUUUAGCUCCUGGAGGUUCAGAUGACUGGGCUUAUGAUCUUGGCAUUAAAUAUUCUUUUACCAUUGAGCUUCGGGACACAGGGACUUAUGGAUUUUUGCUUCCUCCUCAAGAAAUUAAACCAACUUGCUUAGAAGCACUUUCUGCUGUCAAAGAGAUAGCUCAACACGUUCUUCAAAAUUUGUGAUGUUGUCGUGGCUUUACCCCAGCCGGCAGCUGAGCACCACGCAGCCGCUCACUCACUCCCCCCGCAUCGGGAUGGGGGAGAGAAUUGGAAAAGUUAAAGUGAGAAAACUCGUGGGUUGAGAUAAAGACAUUUUAAUAGGUAAAGCAAAAGCCACGCGCACAAGCAAAGCAAAGCAAGGAAUUCAUUCACCACUUCCCAUGGGCAGGCAGGUGUUCAGCCAUCUCCAGGGAAGCAGGGCUCUGUCACGCAUAACGGUUACUUGGGAAGACAAACGCCAUCGCUCCGAACGCCGCCGCCCCCCCCCUUCCCUUCCCCCAAGCUCCUUAUAAACUGAGCAUGACGUCAUAUGGUAUGGAAUAUCCUUUUGGUCAGUUUGGGUCACCUGUCCUGUCUGUGUCUCCUCCCAACUUCUUGUGCACCCCCAGCCAUCCCGCUGGCAGGGCAGCAUGAGAAGCGGAAAAGGCCUUGGCCCUGUGUAAACACUGCUCAACAAUAAGUCCAUAGAACAAAAACAUCUCUAUAUUAUCAACACUGUCUCCAGCACAAAUCAAAAACAAAUCCCCACACUAGCUACUAUGAAGAAAAUCAACCCUCUCAGCGAAACCCAGGACAGAUGUUGAAUAUAAUUUAUUCCAGCAUAACUGUACUUAGUUAGCUCAAAUAAGAAUAAAAAAGCUUGCUGCUUUAUUAAAAUUAUUUUUAUUUAGGCCAAAAAAAGUGACUGCAACCUCUAUACUU